UUUUUACAUUAGUGGUAGUUGAAUACAUAAAUGCGAUAAAUUUGUUUUGGGGUAUUGUUGGGUGUGUUUUUAAAUCCGAAAAAAGUUUCGGUGAUAAAUUUAUUCAAUUUUUAAUCUCGUGUCCUUUGCACAGUAGAGAUGUUGACGAUUGGUGUACUUCUAGAAAUAAGGAAGUGCAUUUGUAAUGCAGCUUGAAGGAUGAUUAUUACCUAAUUUAAGAACUUCUCUAUAUGAUCCUAGUCACAAAGUUAACCGUACAUAAUUAGUUUUAUCAAAAUAUGUUGGAGGCUCGAAGCAUUCCAAAUAUUGGCGAAAGUGUAGCAUCGUCCGCUACUUGGCAAGGCAAAAGCAAUGGUAACAGACCACCCUUACCUCAGCAUCACACUUCAAGUACUCGGUCUCAUGGAAAACCAAACCAAGACGACGCCUGUUACGUAAUUGCAAAAUACGAUUAUACGGCUCAAGGAGCCCAAGAAUUGGAUUUGAAGAAAAAUGAUCGAUAUUUAUUGUUAGAUGAUUCGAAACAUUGGUGGCGUGUUCAAAGUAAUCGCGGUUAUUCUGGAUAUGUGCCGAGCAAUUACGUUAAAAAAGAAAAACCGUCAUUGUUCGAUAGCAUAAAGAAAAAAGUGAAAAAAGGCAGUAGUAGUGGUGGCGGUAGUAAAACUCUUCCUAGUGGUAAUUCGCCAUCGCGACACGUCGAAUCUCCAGCAAUGAGUCGCAGACUGCCAGUGGAUCCUUCGGAAGCUAUCGGAACAGCUAUUGUAAAGUAUAAUUAUCAAGCUCAACAACCCGAUGAAUUGUCUCUAUCAAAAGGUACCCGAAUAUUGAUCCUUGAAAAAAGUAACGAUGGAUGGUGGAGAGGUCAAAGUGGUUGUGCUACCGGUUGGUUUCCCAGCAAUUAUACGCAAGAAGAAGUUGAUUUGGAUGAAACGGUGCAUACGUACGCGAUGGCUGAAAACGUGCUUGAUAUCGUUGUAGCUUUGUACUCAUUUACGUCGACUAAUGAUCAAGAAUUGAGUUUUGAGAAAGGCGACCGACUGGAAAUCUUGGACCGGCCACCAUCUGAUCCGGAAUGGUACAAGGCUCGUAAUAACGCUGGACAGAUUGGACUCAUACCGAAAAAUUAUGUCCAGGAACUUAGUGAAUAUUUAACUCAACCAAUGGGAAAUGGUAUAGUUAGAAACGACUCCACCGAACAAAAUGGCACAUGCAUCGAAAGACCUUACUUGGGUGGUAAAUCUUGGUAUUACGGUAACAUUUCCCGUGCACAAUGCGAUACUUUAUUAAAUAAUCACGGAUUAGACGGAGAUUUCUUAAUACGUGACAGUGAAACAAACGGCGGAGAUUACUCAGUUUCGUUGAAAGCUCCUCAUCGAAAUAAACACUUCCGUGUUCACGUCGAAUCCAACAUGUACUGCAUCGGUCAACGAAAAUUUCAUAAUCUCGAUCAAUUAGUAGACCAUUAUCAACGUGCACCAAUUUAUACAAAUAAACAAGGAGAAAAGUUGUAUUUGGUGAGACCUCUUCCAAGAAGCACCGGCCCGCCGGCAAGUCAAGCUUAAUGUGCUAUGGCGUUGAAAAAUUUUUACGCUUAAUUUCACAUAUUUUUUUCGUGUGUGUUGUGUGUGUUUCUUACAAAAACGGAUAUUUUUAAAAUUAUUACCCCCCUUUUUAUUUUUUGUUGUCCUGCGUUGUCUCCUCGAUAAAUUGUACUCAUAUUUUUAUUAUUGGUUGCGCGUCGAUCAAAUAUUUAAAAAAUUACGUCAAUUUCUGAAGUAUCAUUUACCAUGGCCACGGACUUAUCUAUGGAAAUGUUGAAGCUGUUCAAUGUAAAAGUGCUCGUGUAUUUUAUGGAGUUUCAACUUUACACCGAAUCAAAAAAAUUCGAUGUGUUUUUGCACUUCAAUUUUUCAUGGCGAUUGAAAUGAUACUUGAAACUAAAUGAUCAAGCAGUAAUACUACUUGAUAUGUUUUGUUCUCAUUACUCCUAAUUUUUUUUCUUUCCUGCUGUACGGGUACCGGGUAGACUUUUUAUUUAUUUAAUAAUUGUGCUUUUUAAGACGAAUUUUAAAAUCAAAAGUAGUAUUUAUUUCUAUAGAUCGCGUUUAAUUACUCGAAUACGGUAUUUUUAUUCCUACAUUUUAUCAGAAUUUGUAUACAAAACUUAAUAUUCGAUAAAUGAUAAAUUACUUUUUUGCAGUAAAGCGACACAAUUUUAAAAUCAAUGAUGCAUGUAGUUUUAUUACUAUAAGUUUUUUUUCUUCUUUUUUUAAAUGCUCUCUGUUAUAUUAAGUCGAAAAAAACAAUCUUUAUAACAAGAAACGGCGCUUGUUAUUGUGAACUCAGCAGUGUGAUCGAAAAAUGGAACCGGAAGCUCAAGUUUUAUGUUUUUUUUUCUAAUUCAUUUUUUUAAAUCAUUAUUUCCUGGAAAAUAUAGUGAAAAUUGCACCAAAAAACAGAAGUUUCGUAUUUCUUCACAAGCUUCUCAUAACGAAGUAAGUUUUUGUUGUGGACGAUAUUUUCUUCUUUUUCUAAAUCAUAAGAUGUAUUUCUUUUUUUUAUAUUUUUAUAAUACGAAACAUUUUACAUUAGUUUAGCUAAUGAAUUCGUGUGUACAUAAUGCUAAAUUAGCGUAUCGCUAAGCUUAUAGUUGGGAGGAAUCGCAAAAAAUUAAUUACUUUUAAAGCAAGAUUAACGAUUUCAUUUGUUUCGUACCUACGCAUUUUUGUCGAGUGUACAGGGUGUUCAAGGGUAAAAGUAAGACAUUUCGCCUAGUAACUGUGCAACUCGCAAUCAGCGAGCGUAUGUAGAUAUAUUUGCCUAAACUGCGGGUCGCACGGGCUGGAUAAGACUUGCAGUUUGCCAAAAAGAUGAAAAAAGUGUACAAAAUGUUCGCCUUUUCAUCAUGUUUAUCAUUUAUAUCAAAAACUUUCCAUUAUAACCCAUGGUUUUUUACAUUUUUUUUAUGGAACAACGUUUCCUCUUUCCUAUGCCGCAACCCCCAACUCUUCAUCUUAAUUACCAAAAAAAAAAAGGCUGGAAUAUGUUUAUAACAUCUCAAAGUAAAAAUAAAAUUUCUGGACAAAGAAUUGGGAAUUCCGGCAUAAGAAAGAGGAAACUUUGUUAUUUCAAAAACGUAAAAAAAAUCACGGGUUGUAGUGAAAAGUUUUCGAUACUAUAAAUGACAAAAAUGAUGAAAAAGUGGAUACCUAUUUCUUACACGUGUUUUUUUUCACUUUGCUAACUGUAAGUAUUAUUCAGCCUCUGCGACCCUCAGGUUAGGCAAACAUAUCUACAUAGACUCAGUAUGAGUUGCAGAGUUACCAGGCGAAAUGCCUUACUUAUACCCCGAAACACCCUGUAUUUGAUGAAUGUAUAUCGAAUGACGUGUCGCUAAGAAAAUUUGUGGUAUCGAAUUGCAUAAUUUUAAUAUGUAAUUUAAAACGCGUUUUUUCUGUAGAUGACAAUGAGCAAGGGUAAUGUUUUUAAACAUCUUGAAUCUUGUGUCAUUCCAGUCUCUUACGGUUUAGAUUUACUAUCGAUUAUUAUAUCAUUGGACUUCCAAUGUAACUUUACGUGACUACAACAUAAGUAUUCAUAAUUAGAAGUAAAAAUUAUACGGUUAAGCUUGAAUUUUAUCAUUAGUCCAAUUUUUUAAAUGCAGAUUUACCGUAUUUAUGCUUUUAAUUUAUAAUAAAUAAUUUGUUUCGACUAA